AUGGCGACUGAAGAAACACAACAGAUCACGCCGGGCGUCGACCUUCCGGAUCGGUCAGAGCCCACCGAGACUGGCGCUACGUCAGCUCCCAAUGGCAAGCGCAAAGCCGAGACUGAGCUAGACCGAGCAGCGAAAAAAGCACCGAGCGAAAGUCCAGCAGCGACCGCCAACGAUGCCGGCGCAACACCCGACGGAGAGGCAAAGGAUAGCGCGAACAAACCAUUAUCCAAAAACCAGCUCAAGAAAUUGAGGCGGAAGCAGCAAUGGGAGGAGUUUAAGGAAGACCGGCGGGCAAAGCGCAAGGACAAGCGCCAUGAGCGCCAGGCAAGGAAGCGCGCCGAGAAGGAGGCCAAGAUUGCCGAAGCCGCAGCCGCAGGCCUCAAUCCCGCGACAGUGCUGCAGCAGCAAAAAGAGCCCUGGAAAUACCGACCCGUACCCGUCGCCUUGAUCAUCGACUGCGACUUCGAGCAAUACAUGCGCGAGCAGGAGCUGGUCUCGUUAUCGAGCCAGAUUGUGCGCUCCUACGCCAUGAACCGCAAGGCCAAGUAUCACGCCAGCCUGCAUCUCAGCUCGUGGAAGGGGAAGUUGAAGGAGCGGUUCGAGACGGUGCUCAAGAAUGCGCACCUGAACUGGAAGAACGUCGGGUUCCACGAGGGCGACUUUCGUGAGGCUGCGAAGCAAGCCCAGGAGCAGAUGUCAGGCCCGCAGGGGGGCGAGAUAAUCGACCUGAUUAGACCGGGGCCACAAAAGGAAGCGCAGCCAGCCGGUGUUGGUGAGCCAGCAUGGACAACCCCUGCAGUGGAGGCCGAGCUCGAGGACGAAGACGUCGACCAGUCGAUCGUCUACCUUACCUCCGAGUCGCCAUACACGCUCGGCAGACUGGAGGCCAACACGAGCUACGUCAUUGGCGGGAUAGUGGACAGGAACCGAGAAAAGGGGCUCUGCUACAAGCGAGCCAGGGAAUAUAAGGUCCGGACCGCCAAGUUGCCAAUUGGCGAAUACAUGGCGAUGCACAGCCGCUAUGUCCUGACCACAAACCAGGUGGUGGAGAUUAUGACCAGGUGGCUGGAGUGCGGUGACUGGGCGCAGGCCUUCUUAGACGUAAUCCCCAAACGGAAGGGCGGCACCUUGAAGGGAACGGAUGCGGAGGGCCCGGCGGCGAAGAACGGGGAAGUCGAGGAGCAAGAGGACGACGGACCAGAGGAAGAUCAUACUCCGGAGGUCGAAACACCGGCCGAGAACAAGGCAUCCUCGGAGUCUUGGGAACCCGCUAUUCAGCCGCAGGAGACACUUGAAUGA